UCUCUCUCUCUCUCUCUCUCUCUCUCUCUCUCUCUCUCUCUCUCUCUCUGGUGUUGGGUUGUAGCAGUACGAUUGAUUGAACCAUGUGCAUGUCUUUGACAAGUGUCCCCUUUGGAUCUCUACGGCUCUUAUACAAUGCAUAUAGCUUUGGUGACCGAUGAAGGAGUUGUAGAAGUCUCCUGAUCUCUUUCUCUCAUAAUAUCAGGUGGAGAGAGAAGCCAGGCCCAGCUAAAAUUAACACACCCAGGAAAUGUCCACACAUUGACCAGCAGUUGGCUAUAUUGUUGUCUUUUGACUUGGCAUGAAGUCUGGUCCAGUUUUCAGCUUAUUUAGGCCAAGAACAACCCACUUUGACAGGACAGGCUUAUCUGGGCAACAUGAAAAAUGAGCAGUCACAGUUUUUGUUUUUGCAUGCCGUUUUUGACGGGUUUAUCUAAAUUAGUUGACAAUAGAGUCAAAGCAUAGCCCAUCCACUUUUUCAGCAGUCCUUGUUCUGGAAGUAUUUUUCCCAUUCAUUUUUUCCAUAGAAUUUUCAUAAAAAUCUUAAUAAAAUUGUUCUAAGCCAUGAACCAAACCAACCAGCUCCGAGGUGAAUCACACUUACAAAUUUGAUUUAAAGCAAAGAAGUAUUUGAAAAUUGGACAAAAAGAGGACUGUACAAGACUGUGUACUUAAAGGAAUGAACUAGAGUCCCAUGAAGCAUUGCGAAUGACGUAAAUCAUUUUAAAAAUGGUGGGAAAAUAUAAAACUAUUAAUUUAUAGUUGAUUUAUAAGUACAGAAACAAUAUAUUUACAUUUUAUUGCAAAAUAUUUAGAUAUUUGCAAAGACUGUAUAUAAGAAGUUUGAGAGUGUAGGAAGACCAAAUCUGUUGCGUCAUUCUCUCUUGGGAGUGGAUUGUUGCUUCAGAGUUUAACGCACUUUGUUGGCCGCAAUUUAAACAGAACUUCAAAAAUUGCGUUGAAAUAACACAUAUCGAUGGUCUCAACUGAGCAUAUACAGUUGAAUAACCUCUGAGCUCACGGUAGUUCUGUCUUUAUGUUUGUUAUCGUUAAAAAUCAGUUUCCCAUGGAAAAAAGGAAUGGAAAUUUUACUUCUAGAACCAGACUGUUGCGCAUAAACGUACCAUGGUUUGGGACCAAACAUGACCUGCAGGGGUGGAAUCAAACUGUGGUUUCAACCAAAUAUGAAAACAGCCUUUGUGUACCUUGCAUCAACACGAUGACACAGGAAAUCGACACGAUGCUUCCAAAAGUUCAUGUAACCCAUUAAUAGACCCCAUUCAGCUGAACUACUGACAAGCGAAACUGGAGCUGACACGUGCUCAACAAUACUUCCAGCUUUGGCCACUGUGGGCAAUGGUUCCAAUUUCAACGGCACUGAGCUCCUUUUUCCAGGAGGCAAAUAUCCCCAGUCAUCACCACCAGAUGAUGUGUACUCCACGCAACACCCCAGCCACGCCACCCAACUUCCCCGAUGCCAUCACCAUGUUCUCAAAGCUGCGGGCAUCUGAAUGCACAGGCGGCAGCGGUGGUGGAACCUCCGCCCAGGUGUCUAUGGCUUGCUCUCCACCCCCUCACUCCUCCACACAGGGAUUUGGCUCAUUCUGGGCGUCAUCGCCCCCCAGCCACCAGCCCAUCUGGCUACCCCCGUCCUCGCCCACGGGCCACCACACACUCCAUCACCACCACCAUCACAUGCACCAGCCGCCCAUGUGGCCGCCCGUCUCCCAACCCGCCAAUGGCCAGCAAACACCUGUCAUUUCAGCCCUGCAUGGCCAGAGAUGAGACUCUACGUUUGGGGUUGAACCAAGGAGGGCCAGAGGUGUAAAUUUGGGCGUUGGUGCAGUUUAACAGGUUGGGACAUGAGCAGUGGGAAUUGAAAGACUUUGGAUUGCCAAGGGGAAAGGCAUGGUACUCUUUCUUUCUGUUUUCUAAAAAAAAAAUAAACAAUCGCUCUUCUUUUGGAGAUCUUGUUUUGUUCUUUUUAACUACUGUCAAUUUCAUUUCUGUCCAAGCCUGGGAAGAACCACUAUAAAAAUAUUAUGGAAGUUAUAAAGAGGUGGUGGAGCUUCAGAGGCCCAGAGAAGCCUGAGAAUUUUUCAUUUUCCGCUAUCCAACACCGGAAGAAAGCCACGGAGCCAACUGUGCACAAACAGGGCAAUUUUAUGAAAGUUUGUGCAUAAGUGUGGCCGGUCUUCUGUUCUUUGGCACUAUACUCUGACCUAUCCUCUGUAGCGCUGUGUCGGCAACAAACAAUUGCAAUAAACGGCUGCACCAGAAGGACAUUUCUGUAGAGAUAUUGUCUUUUGAAUUCUUAAUGAUGCCAUUAUAUGACGAAAUAUCACCUCAUAUGUUUGUUCAAGAUGCACAUUUUCAACGGGUGUAUGGUCUCAGACAUAGCUGUGAUACUAAGUUGAAUUUAUCUUGAAUCAAAAAACUAGCUGAGAAGUGGAAAAGUUAUACAAAUGAGUGAAUGUAAAGAGUUUGCAAUAAUUUUGGGGAGAAUUGAUUCAAAUCAGCCCAGACAUCACAACACUGUUUCAUUUGGUUAUUUACUAUGAAUGCAAAGUUGUUUUAUUUUUGCUUGAUAAAUUCCCACCUUUUAGCAUGUAUGCAGUUGCAAAAUUUCAUGGGGAAAUACUGUAAAGAUUGAAGAAUCUUAAGUCAUUUUUCCAGUAAUUAUAACUAAACAUCCUUAAAACAUGAUAAUUUUACUAGCAAAUUUGUGUAAAAAUAAGCCUUUCAGAGAAAUUUCUGACCCCGUUUCCUAAAUUUUGUUAUAUUUAUGCUUAUAAUAAGAGAAAAACUUAACCCGAGAUACAUUCUCUGAAAACAAGUUUUAAUACUUUAUGUAAUUUUGCUUCUUAAAGGAAUAUUGUGGGUUCAAUACAAGUUAAGCUCAAUCGACAGCAUUUGUGGCAUAAUGUUGAUUACCACAAAAAUUAAUUUUGACUCGUCCCUCCUUUUCAUAAAAAAAAAAGCUAAAAUAUUGGUUCCAGAGAGGCAAUUACAAUGGAAAUGGGGCCAAUUUUUUAACAUUUAAAACACUCACUUUUUUUAAAAGUAUAGACACAAGACAUAAAUGAUGUGUAAAAAUUAUUUUAGUAUGAUAGUCACUUACUGACCUUUUCUGUGUAAAGUUAUAGCCAAUUUUACAGCUUCGUUACCAUGAUGAUGUAAUGUCAACAAACCUUGACUGUAAAAAUGAUUUAAACAACUUUACAGCUCAAAUAAUACACAAGUUUUAAUAGAAGAAUUAAUGCAAGUGCUUUUAUAAAAUUAUAAGCUUCACAUUUAGGUGUUUAAACCCUCCAAAAAUUGGCCCCAUUCACUUCCAUUGUCCCCAGAAGUGUCUCUCUGUAACCCAGAUUUUUGCUUUUUUUUUUUUAAAGAAGAGGAGGAACGAGUCUAAACUAAUUUUUGUGCUAAUCAACGUUAUGCCACAAAUGCUGUCAAUUGAGCUUAACUUGUAUUGAACCCAGAACAUUCCUUUAAGUAAAUCAUGUUAUAAGGAGUUUCAGGUAUUUUUAUUGCAUUGAUUUAAGUGUUGUUGUUUUUUUACCCUAGGAAACUAAAAAUACUAGUGCACUCUUUUAAAGCUAUGAAAGGUCUAAUGUUAGGAGGUCACAAGCUCUUUGGAUCCACACAACCGGCAGAGUAAAGCUCGGCUCCACCUACCUCUGCUCCAGCCGUGGCCUGAUCGUACCUCUCGGUGGCUGAAUGAGCUCUUUGUGUGAGCUGUAGCGAUGGAGGGCUCAAAUACCUCAUGAUCAUUGUUGAACUAGGUUUCUGAAACUUAUCAGACUUGGCUCAGACAUCUUGGUGGAAGAGGACCGUUCUAGUAUCAUUUACUGACAUUUGUGUCCUAUGACCCCAGAUUAGAACAUUGAUUGCCAGUGGGAUUUUGAUGACAUUUCUUGUUUUAUUUUUGCAUGAUGUCACCUUCCCUUCAUAUGUUCAUUUAAGACAAUCAGUGUUGAGGUCAUGCAGAUUAGUUAUUUGUUAUAGACCUUAGUCAGAGUGGACCAUGUUUGAUUUGAAGCAAAUGAAAAUGAGGCUUUAAGGAGUAAUGUACAGUCUGUUCAAUGUUUCGUACUGUUGUGUACCUUGGUGUCGGUUAUUAAGAUGACAAACCAUUUAAAACAUGUCCAAAAAAUUCCAGUAGACAAAUACUGGAAAACAUGAAAAUAUGGCAUGAAUCCCAUCAGCCUUCAUUCAUGUAACAUGAGCACAUUUAAAAGGUGUAAAGAUUUUGUGAAAAUUUCACACAUUCGUUUUUGUUUAAUAAAUAAGGCCUAUUGUUUAUAAAAAUAAUUCAUACAUAAAUUGUCGCAUUGAAUUGAAACAUAAGAAGAAUUAAUUUGGUGUAAGUUGCACACAAAAAAAAAAAAAUUAUUGCGUAAAUUGUGUUGAACUGCAACGCAAGCAAAACUAAUUUGUUUAAAUGGUUUAUAAAUCUGUUGUUUUUCCGAAGCGAUUUACACAUUCGUUCUUUUUGUGUUUCAUGAAUGUGGCCUACUGAACUGGCGCAUUGAAUUGAAACGAGCAGAAUGAAUUUUGUGUAAAUUGUAUGUAUAAUAAAAAUAAAUAAAUAAAUAACGUUCUUUUUGUAAAUUGUUGCAUUGAACUACAACACAAGCAAAACAAAUGUAUGUAAAUUGUUCGUAAAUCUAUACUUGGUGAUUUUGCAAAUGCUUUACACACAUUCGUUCUUUUUGUGUUUCAUGAAUUUGGCCUAUUGUUCGUAACAACCAUUUAUAAAACCAUUCUUAAAUAAAUUGCUGCAUUGAAUUGAAAAAUGAGCAGAAUGAAUUUGGAUGUAAAGGGUAUGUGAAAACCGUUCUUUGUUUAAAUUUUCGUACUGAACUGCAACACAAGCAAAACAAGUUUGUGUAAAUCUAUUCUUGGUGGUUUUGCGAACGUUUUACACAAAUUCGCUCUCUUCGUGUUUCAUGAGUGUGGCCUCUUUAAUUAAUUGCCACAUUGAAUUGAAAAAUUAGCUAAACGAAUUUCGGUGUAAAUUGUACGUAAAAAUAAUCUUGAAUAAUUUGUUGCAUUGAAUUACAUUGAAUUGCGAAUUUAUGUAAAUUGAUCAUUAAACCUUUUUUUUUUCUCCCAAUUUCUCCAAAUGCCCAAUUCCCAAUGCGCUCUAAGUCCUCAUGGUAGCAUAGUGACUCACCUCAAUCUGGGUGGUGGAGGACAAAUCUCAGCUGCCUCUGCGUCUGAGACCGUCAACCUGUGCAUCUUAUCACAUGGCUUGUUGAGUGCAUUACCGUGGAAAUAUACCCCACCGAGAGCAAACCAUAUUAUAGCGAUCACAAGGAGGUUACCCCAUGUGACUCGACCCUCCCUAGCAACCAGGCCAAAUUGGUUGCUUAGGAGACCUGGCUGGAGUCACUCAGCACGCCCUGGGAUUCAAACUAGCGAACUCCAGGGGUGGUAGCCAGCGUCUUUACCACUGAGCUACCCAGGCCCGCUUGUUAAACCAUUCUUGUGAAAGAAUUGUUGCGUUGGAUUGAAACACUUGUAAACAAUUUUCAGAGAAUUUCGUUGUACUUGUGCUUCAAUUAAAUGCGCCAAUUUACGAAAGAAUAGUUUUACGAAAGUUUUACAAAGAUAUUUUUUCUCAUUUCAGUCGAAUGUGUAAAUUUAUGCAAGAAUGGUUUUAUGAAGGAUUUAGAAAGAAAUUUGUUAUGUUUCAAAUUAAUGCGUCAGUUUACACAAGAAUGGGUUCACGAAUGAUUUACAUAGAAAUUAGUUUUACUUGUGUUUCAGUUCAGUGUGCCAAUUGGUGCAAGAAUGGUUUUCCAAAGAAUUUACACAGAAAUUUGUUCUGCUCGUGUUUCGUGAAUUGUAAAUCUAUACUUCACAGCCUCUAUUUAAUUUGCGUCAAAUUAAUCAUGUACUCUGACUAAGAUCUAUUGAGGAAUGAUUUUGAACAUUAGCUAUUUUCAUUUAAGCAUAGACGUCUAAAAGAUAUGGUUGCCUGCGUUUUAUGCCCCCGAAACAAAUAGAAAAUAUGAAGGAAUGCGUAUUUUUUGGAAACAACAACCGAAUGAUAUUGCAGGUCUUUAGUUGCAUCUGGUAGACCAACAGAAAGAAACCUCUUGGUCUACAAAGGACGAAAAUAAGUGUUGUGGGCAUCUGCUGGGAUUAUUUCGGUGUCGCAUUCUGCAUUGGUGCAAGAGCUGAGAAUCUGAACUCCAUCUAGAUAAUCUCACAAACGGCAAUCGCUCAACAUCUCCAGCUGCCAAACCUGUGCCUUGAGGCUUGAACGGUGUCCAUUUUAUUCAGCUGUUGCUCUGUAAGAAUAGGGCUUGGGCUGAAGUCCCAAGGCAACAGGGCUAAUAUUCUUAAAUGUCAUUCUCUCAACCUCUAGAAGGCAGGAAAAAAAAUUACAGUGUCGUACAUCUCAGAUCAACAGUCUCGCUCUAGUUGUAGGACCAUAUGAUGUCAUAGACACCACUGGCGGAUGUUUAAAUUCUCUGGGUUCUAUUUUGUUUAGACUGUGGCUUUGUUGAAGGACAUACACAUUGAGUCAUAAAGAGGCAGGAGGGCUGACCGGUUUCUUCAUAAUCAAGAAUAAGAUAUUGUUAGCGAACAUCCUUUUGUAUCAAUUUCCCUCCUGUACUUUGUUCUUUUCCCCAUGUCGAGAUUUGUAUUUAUAUGUCUGAUUAAAAAAAAAAAAAAAAAAAAGCUAUGAUCUGAAACCAUUUUGGAGGUCAUUGUGUUUUUAUUAAGGUCAUAAUAAAUGAUUUAAUGACUAGA